AUGUUUAUUAUUAUGCUGAUGAACAAAGAUUAUGAUGAUGGAAACACAUCUAAACCUGUGUCAGGAGAAAAGGGAGGAAACGUCACACUAACAUGUGAAUCUGAGGCCAAUAAUAUUGUUCACACUGAGUUAUUCAGUCGGUCAGAAGACAUAGAUGUGUGUCAGGAUGAAGAAUGUAGUGUUCGAGUGUUUAAAGAAGGAAACUGUGACGUCGUCAUCAAGAAUCUGAGCUUCAGUGACGCUGGGAAAUACUACUUGAGAGUCUAUUACAAUAAUGAUCAGACAGAGCUGGAGCGACUAAUCAGGACGUACCAACUUCAUAUUCAUGAUGAGAUUACUGUGAAAACAGGCGAGGAGCUAAAGAUGUCUGUUCUGUUGUCUAAUGCUGAUAAAGUGGAGAAAAGCUCUAGUGGAGAGUGGAGGGAGGUUUGGAGCAGAACUGAUGGGGUUCAGAGCGAUCAAAUGAAUGAAAAUGAUGAAAACCUGAUCUUUAAAGUGUUUAUGGACAGAGAUGCAGGAACAUACAGAGUUCUGGACUAUGAAAGAAACAUCUUGAUCGCAGUGACAGUCACAGAAUCAGGUACAGAAUCAAAGGACAAACUGAGCUUCACAAAUAAAGACAAAACUAAUGGCACUGAACAACACACGAAAUGGAUUGUGUCAGUUGGAGUGUGUUUGGGGAUUCUGGCUGUGAUUGUGAUUGUGAUUUCUGUCAUCAUAUGGCGACGUCAGCACAGAGGUCACACACAGGUUCCAGUACAGGAGAAUACAGAGCACAGACACACUGGAGAAACUAUAAUGAUCUUCACUGAACGUGACUCAACUGCACAGGAGCCCUGAACACCUGCGAUGCCACUGGUUACUUGUUAUUUGCCUUCAACACCAACACAAUUCUGUCAACAUAUAACGGCAGCUGGGGGUGUGAUAUGUAUCGUUAAAAAUAUUAUAGUAAUUGUUGUUUUAAUGAUGUGUGAGCUGACAUUAUUUUGUGAAAAAUAAGCCUUGAGAGUCCACGAUUUCACUGCGUGAUGAAAUCUAGUAGAAUGCAGUUAGAAUUACCAGAAAUCAUCAUAGAUAAAGGUGAUCAACUUCAUGUUUAUUUGCACUGACCGUUCACUCUAAGACCAGCAGAAUAUGAAUAUGAAUAUGAUCCCACAGCAUAACAGAGCAACUGGAUCCCCUGAUUGUACUGUAUUUCUAUGCAUGUUCUGCACAAAUCUGUUGAAAUAUGUGCCAGUGCAAGGAAGAGGACACGCAACGUUUCUUUCCCAUUUUAAACAUCUGAAGUUUUUUUCUUGCCGCUGUUGCCUUCUGCUUACUCUGGGAUUUUAAGGAACUAUCUUUUUAUUUGAAAAAGGAAAUCGCUGCUUUAUAAAUAUCACAACCUCUUUUGAUACAGCAAAAUUCUUACUUUUUUAAUUAUGUAUUUUAAUAUUGCAUUUGAUGAUAUUAUACAUGUUACGUUUUUGUCUGUCAUUUAACUUAAAAUCUAGAAGCAAGAAAUGUUUGAUGGAUUUUAAACUCUCUUUAUAAACUGCACCAAAUCAAUCAAUAGAUGUUUAGGAUAAAAAAUAUUUAUCGUAAAUCAUUCUUAUUACCUCACUGUGACUGACAAGGUUUUUAUAAUCAGAUAUGUGCAGAUGAGAGCAGUCAUGUCUUUUGAGUUCAGCUAUUUUUGAUUUUGCUCUGUUUGUGACUCCAUUCAAGGAAUAUUGCAAAUCAAGAUCUGUGGCAUCCGCAGAUCUCUUUAAAAAUAUGUUUGUGAAUUAAACAUGAGACACUAUUCUUCAUCAUUACAGUAUGAUACUGACUACAGUCUCUGGCGCAUUAAUCAAUGUUUUAAAGUUUUUUUAUAUUAUUUUUAGAUUUAUGGUCUUUUUCUUUUCUUAAGAGUUGUAUUUCUCUCAUGUUUAACAUUGCUUUGUUCAGGGUAUAAGAGGAAAACUAAGAUUUUCUGUACAGUAUGUCAUUCUAUUCUACUGUCUGUAUGUUUAAACAUUUUAAUGACUUUGUCUGCUUUAAAAGUCUUGAGAAUCUUUCCUUCAGCGUGAGCUUCCUGCCUCACGUUACCUCAGAAAACAAUCACUUCGUCCUUCAGUUUAAGAAAAAUCAACACCAGAAAACAUGAACUGUUCUGAAAGUUUAGCCAGAACACUUAAACAUUGCAUGUGUUAA